UUCGUAUCUCACGCGGCUCGGCAGGUCGGUCGUCUUCUGUCUUUACAGACGUUAAACCGCUUUACAGUACGAUAGACGUUGCGCUCUCUUCGCUCGGUUCUGCACUGUUUACUCAUCAUUUCUCGUGCUUUUACACACACUAAACAAAAAAUCAGUGCACAAAGAUUCUCAAAUCUGGUUUUCGUGCAUUGCAUCAUAAAUCGGGAAGGAGUAGAAAAAAAGAUUAUUGACCUUGCGGCUUCUUCAAUAAUUCUCAAGGACAAAACGUGUACAAAAAUAAACAGAAUCGUAUAAAUUAUUGGCGAAUCGGUGACCUUCGUUUUGUCAAAUUCAACGCAUACACGCGUCUUUCGAAAGAAAAAAAAAAUUUCACGAAUUUUUUUAAAAUAUAAGAACGUUAAGUUAGGUAACUGUGAGAUUCGCCGAAAAUAUAACAGCUGUGAUAAAAAAACUUGAUUAUUUUAUUAUAAUAGCGAGUGUGGAAGUGUUCCAUCUUUCGGCUGAGAUUUUAAAAACUGAAACGACGUGAACAAUCCUGGUUUUUUACCCCGUAAAAAUUUCGGGAACGACUUAAAUCCCGCCAUCAGGACUUUCAAUUGCAUCAUAUACUUUUUCCGCUCCACUGGAGGGGUUGAAGGAACACGAGCCUUCUGAUCGAUCGAACCCAAAAGUGAACCAAACUACUCUCACCGCACAUAAACACGGUUAUAGCUAGUAAAGAAGUGAUUUUCAAAUUGAACCGAAACAACUUUGUAAACUCGACAGAUUCUUCACGUGUAAAUAUUUUUAUUCACACUUGCCGUGACGUCGAUAUUACAGUCGUCUUCCUGUCGCAUUGCACCAACUGACAUUUCGUGAAGAAAAAAAAAACAGAACAAAGACGACGACGAGACAAAACGAGGAAACAUUGACCGGAGAAUCCUUGAAUGAAAAGUACUUUCUUUAAAAAAUUUUGCACUCGAAAAUCAUAUUAGAUAAAAAAUAGCUCCGACGAAUCUCGGAAACUCAAAAAACAAAAAUGUGUUGUAAAGGCUGUUGAACUAAAAGUAAAAGAAACGAAUAAAAAAUGAACUGUAAAAAAGAGUGAGACGUGUUCGGAGAAAAGUACGUUCAAAGUACUUUUCGAUAGGCAAAGAAAACCUGAAUUUACAAAGACGAAAAGUCAUCGCACUUUUUUUAACAUUUGAACAAACCAUUGUCCAUUAUCGGCGGAAGAUUCGCAACUGUAUCAACGUGCAUCGAGUUGGAACAAACGGUGCGUUAACUGCGAAAAGAAAAUAAAAAAUAGCGUUCUUCUACUUCGAAGUUUCGAAGUUCGGAAUCUCUCCGCUUGUCACCGAGCCGCUACUGUCGUUCAAUAUUUCUAUACGCACAUAUAAACAUCGAGCUUUAAAAGCUUCGGUCUCGUGGUUGAGCCGAGUCAGUCGGAGAUUCAUUCUCAUCACGACUCGUUCUUCCCCAUUAUUUAUAAAUUUAUUUCGCUCGGCGAUCAUAAUUGAUGAAAUAAUUGAUCUAAAAUACUUGAAACUAAUAACAAGUGGUAUAUUGAAGGGAUAAUAAUAAACCUCGAGAUUUCGAGCUCGGGUAAAUGGAAGCAGUUAAUACACACCGAGUUAUUACUCGAUUGCACGGUGAAGAGAAAAAUAGAAAAAAAGAAGAGAAAGAAGAACAGUUUGUUUCGACAGAUAAAUACUAUAGCAAAGUGAUAAUAAUACCAGAAAUACCGGAGGGCCAGUGGGGAGCUUCGAUACCCAUCUGGCACCUGCCAAUCCAACGAUAUUCACAAAUCUUCGAGCGUUCACCGAACGAAUUGUUCGUUGCGGACUACGAUUCUCCGUACAACCGUGAAGCUAAAAACUUCCACCCUGCCGUUACGGAAAAACGGUUAAAAAAUCGGUGGCACGAACACUAGCGUAAACUUACAAUUUGACUCAAUGCCCGAUAUUAUUAAUUAUUCAAUGAAAUUUCUUAAGCGGUGAAAAUGUAUUUAUUUGUUUUCUUAUAAGUGAGAUGGAACGACAGAUUUCGUUCUGGAUUUUUUUCUACGACUUCCGCAUGAAAAUACAUUUUAUCAUGGAUCGGUGAAGCUUUAUUAUCUAUUCGCGAGAUUUUUUCCUCCUUCCGCGAGUUGUUGCCACUUUUGUAUUAUUUUUCCAUUAUUUUAUUAAAAAACCGAAAAAAAUGGAAGACGAUUCGGGUCUCUGGAUCUUUGGGUACGGUUCUCUGUGCUGGAAUCCCGGAUUCGAAUUCGAAAGAAGCACCAUCGGCUACAUCAGAGGUUAUGGAAGAAAAUUCUGGCAAGGCAAUUCCACGCAUCGAGGGACCGUCGAAAAGCCUGGCCGCGUGGCGACGCUCGUCGAGGAUAAAGAGGGAAUCGUUUACGGACGAGCCUUCGAAGUAAAAGACAGCGUUGCGUUGCCCUAUUUGGAGAAGAGAGAGUGCACUCUUGGUGGAUAUCGGACGAUAAUAUCGACUUUUCAUACGAGGAACGGAAAAACAAGUUUUCCAGUGAUCAUUUACACAGCGACGGAUCAGAACGAGCACUGGCUCGGUGACGCAUCUCUUCACUCGAUCGCAAGACAGAUAUUCGAGUGUGUUGGACCAAGCGGGCACAACGUUGAAUAUCUCCUGAGAUUGGCUGACUUCAUGCACUACUAUCUACCGGAAAUCCACGACGAGCACCUCUUCACUCUCGAGGCGUUGGUACGCGCACGGAUAAAAGAGACCAACGUAUGUCUCGUGACCUUAAUGGGCAAUCGUGAUUACGUUAUUACUAUUGAUGACCAUCACAACGAUCUGCAAGACGAGGAGCGUGCUCAGGAUGAAAACGUUCGGGCUAACAACGCACCCAGACAAAAUUCCUUCGAAUACACCUCGCGGGUCGAACAGAAACAACUUCGUUGUAUAAAAAUGUGACCCUCCGCUCGCGACACUCAUGGAAAUGGGAUUGACGAGAAAUUCUUUUCCCUCAUUUUCCGAGAACGUCUUGUACAGAUUUUCGUACGGUUUGAGUACACUUUUAUAUAUAAUUCUAUUUAUAAUUAAGAAAUGCUCGCGGAAGAUGAAAUAUUUAUCAACGUUUCAUUCGUUUCAUUGGUCGCUUAGUCCGUACUAAUGUUCCGUUUCAAAUUAGUAUUCGGUACUGGAAACAAUUGUCAAAGUCGAUUAACCCUAGAACGCAUGACUGGGGUGUGAGCACACCCCACGCGAAUUUCAAACUACGCUCCCGUCCUAACAAGCGACAUUAUCGACUGAUUAUCGACGGAUUUUUUAAUAUAUAAAUUCAAUUG